CUAUUACCUAGCUCUCAGUAAGAAUGGAUUUCAGUCUCAGUAAGAGAAGGAGGAAACUCAACCCUCUCACAGAUGAGAAAUACUCCGCAAGACUGUCCAUGUACACAGUCCCUCCGCAAGGUAACAUCACCACUACUGAGUUUUACAGCACAGCUCUCGACAGGCUCACAAUUCUCCGGUCUAUCUACAAUAACGGUAUUAAGUAUAACCGAGGUAGUGACAUGUACCUGAAAACUGUUACCUCUGAGAUAAAAACACACCUCCCUCUGAGACCUAGUGUCCUGGAGGAGACAGAUAAUAACGCAAAAACUAAAACUGAGGAGAGAAGAAAGGAUCACAUCUCGCACUUUCUUCUGAGAUUAGCUUAUUGUAGAACUGAGGAAGCGAGGAAGUGGUUCUGUGAUUGCGAGAAGGAGUUGUUCAGACUGCGAUUAGAGGAGCACAGAGAGGAGAUCUACCAGUUCCUAGUGGACAACUCUCUAAAGUUUGAGGAAGUAGGAGAGAGCGAGGUGGCAGAUAAGCAGCAACUGAUAAGAGACUCAAGUCAGAUCCACCACAACAAGGAGAAGAUAACAGUGUACAAAGUGCCCUUCAUUGAGGCUCUAGAGCUGGUGAAACACAGGCGUGUAUAUGUAGAGGCAGGGAUGGCGUACGUGCCGCAUACUGAGCUUGUUUCCAUUCUAACGGGCAUGUUCCGCGCACAUCUCAGUAAGUGUCUGAUAAAGUGCGCGCGAUCUCUGCCAGCUGUUAGUGACGAUGAGAGGAUAAUGUCUAUACUGAACGAGCUUACUACUGCGUAUAAUGGGGACGACUUUAGUAGCACUAAGUUAGAGGGCCAGGUCUCUGUGUCUCAACUACCUGCUGUCUCUAAAACCUCCUUCCCUCCCUGCAUGAGGAAUAUUUACGAGGUGUUCACCGAGCAACAUCACAUAAAGCACGGAGCUAGGUUGCAGUUCUGUCUCUUCCUCAAGGGACUGGGGCUCAGUAUUGAGGAUGUCAGGACUUAUUUCAGACAGGAGUUUUGCAGGAAGAUGGACUCGGAGACGUACGGUAAAAGUGGGCACGACUACAUGGUCAGGCAUUUGUUUGGGAAGGAGGGGAAGAGAUCAGAUAAGACACCUUACGGGUGCAUGAAGAUAAUAACAGGGUCAGGGCCCUCUUCCGGGGAUUGUCAUGGCUGCCCCUUCAAACACAUGGAUGCGGAGAAUUUGGAGAGGAAGCUGUCCUCGUGGAAGAUUCCAAAGAUACAUAUCAGGGAGAUACUAGGUCUAGUAGCAGGGCAACACUACCAAAUAGCCUGUUCUAAGUACUACGAGGUUACACACAACAAGGGGGAUGCUGCAUUUGGACUGAAUCAUCCUAACCAGUACUUCUUGGAGUCUCAACAAGCACUGGGUAACAAAGUCAAUGUAGGUAAGCAAGGUUACCAGUCUUCUCAAUCUUCCGCUCAGUCCUCUCAGUCUAUACCAGGGUCUCAGUCUCAGCCUGGUAACGUGUCCCAGUCUGGUAACCUUGGUAACCAGCCUGGUAACGUGUCCCAGCCUGGUAACCUUGGUAACCAGGCUGGUAACGUGGCCCAGGCUGGUAACCUUGGUAACCAGGCUGGUAACGUGGCCCAGGCUGGUAACCUUGGUAACCAGCCUGGUAACGUGUCCCAGCCUGGUAACCUUGGUAACCAGGCUGGUAACGUGGCCCAGGCUGGUAACCUUGGUAACCAGCCUGGUAACGUGUCCCAGGCUGGUAACCUUGGUAACCAGCCUGGUAACGUGUCCCAGCCUGGUAACCUUGGUAACCAGACUGGUAACGUGGCCACUAUCUUAACUCCAGAGGAGUUGAACGAAUUGGCUGAGGACGAGGAUUUUGACGAUAUCUGAUUAGGGCAGUAAAUCUUAAAUCUUUAUUUAGGAUUGAAUUCUUGGAUUUCCCACGACUACUUUUUAUGUAUUUUAACGCAUUUCAACGAAAU